AUGGCGCGGCUGUUCAAUCCGAAGGAGUACGUGCCCGACUACGAAAAGGCCAGCGACCUCGAGCACAUCCAGGGCAAGUAUGUGCACCCGAAGGUCACCGGCCUCGCCGACGGCCAUGCCAAGGACGAGAUCAUCAUCGUGAUCGCAGGCAAGGUUUCGCGGAACGGUGGUAGCCGUUACGGUGCAGGCGGCGUCUUCUUCGGCCCCGGCAGCGACUUGAACAGGCCCAUACUUCAUCUCUACGACGAUGCCAACGCCCAGGACGCCAGGAUGAAGGCCUUCAACCUGAAACACUGGCAAUCGAGCCCUCCCAUGUUCCAAGACACGCCGACCAUCAACGGCACGCCCGCUGAGCUGCUGAAAAAGGUCAUUUUCAAGUCGGAGUCGGACUUCCUCGCCGAGGUCAUGACGGUGGAGGGCCUGGCGGCUAUCAAGGAUCGGGGCGGGAAGACAUCGUACGGAGAGGUAAUCGACGAUAUUGUCGCUGUCUUGCGCGAGGCGUAG